AUGAACGCACCUCCCACCUUUGAAUCAUUUCUUUUGUAUGAUGGAGAAAAGAAGGUACAAAAAGAAGAAGAUACAAAAGUAACAAAUGCAGCUAUUUUCACUGUAAACAAGGAAGAUCAUACCCUCGGCAAUAUGAUCCGACACCAGCUUCUCAAGGACCCAAAAGUUUUAUUUGCUGGAUACAAGGUACCACAUCCUUUAGAACAUAAAUUUGUACUCCGCAUUCAGACAACAUCAGACUACACACCACAGGAAGCAUUUAUGAAUGCAAUAACAGAUCUUACAUCGGAAUUAUCUCUGUUUGAAGAGAGGUUUAAGGAAGCUAUCAAAGAGAAAAAAGAUGGUUUAGAUUGA